AUGGCGGACGCCAGGCCUCUCACCAUACUGCGAGGCUCGAUGGAAUCUACCGUAACAAAGCUGGACAAGAUAUUGGAGGCAUUCUGGCGGAAGCUAGAGGAGAGGCAACAAUCUGCAAACUCACAACUCACUGAGAGCAGUGGGCGGUCGACUCCAGGGGGUAAAUCGGCUCACAGAGCUCCUCCGCAGAGACCCCCUUUUAAAAGAGGAAUCCAACAGCCCCACUGGGAGACGUAUAGCCCAGGCUCCAACACCAAACAGAGCUUCCCGACACCACCAG